AUGGCGUCGCCUUGGGCUCAGCACGCGCCCGUAUUCGGCGCGCGCUGCAGCCGAUUCCCGUCGGUGGACCAAUAUCCGCUCGGCGCGCAGGUCCUCGCUGCGCCAUUGUCGCAUCAGUCGCCGGUCCCGUCGUUUGCUCAUCGUCAUUCUCGCCAGCAACACGACUCUGCGACAUUUCGCGGCGACGAGAAUCCGCCGGUCGAUUUAUUCGCUUCCGAGAGUGAGGUGGCAGCGGAGUUCUUGAACCUUCUGGACGCUAUCGCGGACGACUCGCAGUCUGACGGCACUCCCAUCGGCAGCAGCGAAAGACAGCAGCAGCACGAUGAUGCUAACUUAUUGCACCAGCAGCAGCAGCAAGCCCAGCGGAAUCAACUCUCUCGCCAGUUGCCGUCCGCACCAUUUCCACCCAACGCCGCCAAGCUGACCUCUGCACCUGCCGCCUCCGCCGCCCAUCCUGCCACGCCCGUUUCCGGUUCCGGCAGCGCUGCUGCUGCUGCUAGCUUUGUAGCCGCAGCGCCAGAUUCGGUUCGUAGUGGUGCCAUGGCGGCCGCAGAAGCGGCAGUGGCAGGCCCUGUGUGGGCGCGGCAUGAUGGGGAGUCGUUGAGUUCGUUGUAUUCACUAGGACCGUCGGAGCCGGAGGCGAUUCACGACGGCGCUGCAGCGUGUACGCCGGGGGUUGAUGGCGGUGUUUCCGACGACCCCAUCGACGAUUUUCUCGGCAGCCUGCUGCUCGCGAAUCCGGGAUGCGGGGGAGGGGAUGUCACGGCCGCACUGCCUUGCCCGUCCAUUGCGACCCGCGAUCAUCAUUUGCCGCUGCAAGGCGCGCCGAUGAUUAGCCAGGGCGCGGCAGAACUGCAGGAGUGUUGGUAUCCAGACUCGUUUGUGGCACCUCCCGCCUCUACCUCACGGGAUUCGCAGCAGCAGCAGCAGCAGCUGGUGAUAAUGACGACAGAAGGGAACGAGGCGUUGCAUGAAUUGGCGCCUGUGUUGCAAGGGAGCAAGGGCGAACAGGCAUGUGUGGGGACUGACUGGAGUGGCGACGCAGUGGGGGAAAUGAGCUUGGGUGGAAGCAAGGCGGGCGCAAUGUGCAAUGGGGGAGGCGAUGUGCCUUUGGAGGGCCCAGCGCCGCCUGUGGAGCCUACUGCCGGUUGUUUUGGGGCGCAUGUGGAGGGAAGCGGUGUGGGAAGUGUGGCGACAAGCACGCAGCGGACCGAUGAUAGCGCGAGUGGGAAGGGCAACGCUGCUGCUGCUGCUGCUGGUGCUGCUGGUGAUUUUCCAGGUGGUGGUGGUGUUUGGCCGGGACAGCAGGUGGGCGACCUGCUGGGCGCACAGCAACCACAAAUGCUUAAGACGCUGCUCAAGAAAUCGCCACCGCAUCAGCAUAGCAAUAUUAACCAGCAGCAGCAGCAGCAGCAGCAGCAGCAGCAGCAGCAGCAGCAGCAGCAGCAGGUGGAGGUGGUGUGUGGCAGCACCCCCCGUGCGCGCCAGCUGCCCAACCUGUCAGGGCGACUGGCAGCUCUCAUACACCAAAUAAGCAACGCUGGCAACGCCAACGCCAACGCCAACGCCAACGCCAGGGCCAGGGCCAAGCGCAGGGCCGGUCACGGUGCAACAGCAGCAGCAGCAGCAGCAGCGGCAGCGGCAGCGGCAGUGCAUGCGGGAGCGGUAGGCAUGGAGCCAGGGCACAGUCGGGCAGGGGGAAUGGUGACGCACGGACAGGUUGUCUUAACGCAUGGCCUGGCGCAUGGCGUAGAGGGUGGGCGAGAGAGUGCCUUGGUCCCGCGGGUGCAAGUGACAAGCGGUGAUGGGGGGUUCACACGUGGUCUUGGUGCGGGCGGUGGUGUGCUCUCUGCACUGCCGAGUAGCUGGGACGAGGACCCAGUGGCGGCUCAUGGAGAAGAGUCGGGCAGCAAGCGGCGUGCAGCGCAGGGGCGAGAAGGGCCGCCAGAGUACACAGCGGGGCGGGUAGCGUGGAACGUGGGGACGCAGCACGGAGUGGAGUGUGUGGUGGGUGGAGCUAUGGACGCAGGGCAGCAGCCGCUGUGCCAGGUCUAUCCCUCCACACCAUUCAGCACUCAGUGCGCUGCUACUCCCACUGCGCUGCCCGCCUUCCCUCCCAACCCCACUAGCGGUGGUGCUGCCGAUGCUACCGCUGCGGCAGCAGGAGCUGGUGUACCUGCAGGCCCAUCAGCACCCCAUGCGUGGUUGCUGUCAGGCUCAGGUGCACAGGGCCUGUCACGAGAGGUGGAUCCGUUUGUCCUCGCACAGCACAUCAGCCGCUGCGCGCCUGCUCUCGCCCGCACCACUCCCGUGCUCGCUGCACCGAAUGCUCCUUUUGCCGCAUGGCAGCUGCCCUGUCUAGCCGCAGGCCCAGACGCACAAGCUUCCUCCCAUGCACUACCGUGUGUGCCGAGGCCCAUGAGCACAGGCAUGCACAAGGGCAAGAGCGAUGUGAGCAUGGGCGAGGUGAGGCAGCUCGUGCUCGCCCUCGCUGAAGCCAUCGCCACACGAGACAUGGAGCGGGUGGCAGGGCUGCGGGCGCGCGUGGCAGCAGCAGCGUGUGCGGAGGGGAGGGCGGGGCAGCGAGUGGCGCACUGCUUCCUGGACGCCCUCACAUGCCGCAUGCACGGCACCGGCGCCCACCGCCUCUUCAACGCUGCCUUCACCUCGCAGGGCAUGCAGCAGGCGCGCCAUGUGUAUUUCACCACCACGCCCUUCGUCCCCUUCCUCUACGCCACCGCCUACUCCGCCAUCCUCCACGUGCUCUCCCGCUCCUCUCGCGCCUCCCCUUCCACUGUCAUCACCACACCCGCUCAUGGCCCUGCUUUUGAUCUGUUCGCUUCUCACAGCACCCCCUUGUCCUCCUCCUUUGCCGCGCGUCCUGCCAGCACAAGCAGCUGCAGCCACUGCAGCUACGGCUCUGGUGGGGUUUCUUGCCCUGGGAAAGCAACAGCUGGGGAAUCUACAGCGCGGGAAGUUGCGGAAGCAGCAGGAGCAGAAGUGGGGCGAGCAGCGGGUCACGCAGGGGCGAAGAGCCGAAGGCAAGGGGUACGGGCGCUGCACAUUGUCAACUUUGGGGUGUUUCUGGGUGGGCAGUGGCCGCAGCUGCUGCACCGCCUUGCAUGCCUGCCAGGCGGCCCCCCUUGCAGCGUGCGCAUCACAACCAUUGAAACCUGCUUCCGCGCAGGGCGCACAGCCACUCCCCGCGCGCAGUGGUGUAAAGGAGGGGGCGAAGGGGUAGAGAAAGGGGCAGGGACAGGGGCAGGAACAGGAGCAGAAUCAGGAACAGAUGGUUUCAUGGGCAGCGGACUGGGAGGCGUGCGGGUGGAGGAAGUGGGGGUUGAGGAGGACCGGUGCUGGGUGGCAGAGUGUGAGCAGCAGAGGCAUGAAGAGCUGGGGAGGAAGCUCACAGCACAGCUGACAGCUGAGGCAGCAGCAGUGGGCAUAGAGAGGUUUGAGCACCGCGUGGUGACGGUUAACAAGGACAACCUUGCGGAUAGUCUCUCUCAGGUGGAGGGAAGGCGGAGAUGGGGGGGUAGGAAGGGCUGGGGUGAUGUUGGGAUGAGAGGGAGGAUGGGUGGACAGGUGCAGGAUGUGGGUGUGGAGGAGAGGAUGGGAGAGGGGUGUGAGGAGGAGGGGUCGGAGGAGGAAGAGGAGCAGGAGGUGGUGGCGGUGUGCUGCUGCAUGGAGUUGCAGUACUACCACGACAGCUCUGUCAUGCGCAGCAGCCCGAGAGAUGCCGUUCUCAAGAACUCGCGCUCUAAGACGGCCGUUGACGCUCCUGCUGUUGGGAGUGACCCUGCAGGGAAGACUUCGCCAGGCAAGGGAAAGGAGGUUAUUGACAAUCUUCCGUCCGAAGCGGAGGUGACGGCCGGCAGCUCUGGACUCACCCUUGAGGAGAAGUUGAAGGCGCUGGCUUCGGUGGCCCCUGACGACUCAUUCAUUGAGGAUGACUCGGACGAGGAGCUCGACAUUGACGUGUCGAAGAGCUCUUACCCGCAUUUGCGCUUCACGGCGAUCCUGCUUUUCCCGGUUAUUCCUUCCCGCGAAGUUGCUUCGUCCAGCUCGCGGAUUGACAGGGCGCUCAUUUCGCAGUCGCUGCUGUCGCACGUGGAGUUUGCCGCGCACAUCAUGCCGACGGACCCGAUCUCGGACCACAGUUUUGCGGUGAAGGUUGCCCUCAGGAUGGAUACACGAGUGAAGCUGGGUCCCAGGCUUUGGAGGCUGCCUGCAUACAUGGUUGGUCGGCCGGGGGUCAGAAAGAUUAUUGAAGCAGUGGAAAGGCAGGUGGCGUCAAGUGGAGAGAACUUUGAGCUGCUGAUCUCGCGGCUUAACGCCGGCCUUAAAUCGUACGUGAAGGAAGAACGCAAGCGGGUUAAAGCCACAAUGACCCACCUUCAGGAUGCGGUUGCGGCGCUGAAACAAGCGUGGAUGGGUGAUCCGGGGGACGACCGGCUGAAGGCUUUGUUGGCUGAAAAGGAGUCGCAACUCCGCGGUUAUCAACUGGCGAGGCAGGAGAGGCUGCAUGAGAUGGCUGGCAUGAACGAGGCGGUGGCUGGGGAGAUCGCGUCCCCGUUCCUAUCAGGGAAGAUUAAGGCAAGACGGGAGAGAACGCAGAUCAAGGAGCUGAGUGCUGGAGGUCAGAUUGAGUCGAGCUGGGUUCCUGCCGUCGGCAGAACGCUGUCGCCGACAGCUAGGGAAAGGCUGACGGCGGCUUGGACGGAGAAGGAGGUGAAAAGUGCUUUUCAUGCGAUGGCGAAGAACAAGGCUCCAGGGAAUGAUGGGUUGCCGAAGGAGCUGUUUGAGGAGCAUUGGGAUGUGUUGGGCAGGCACUUCAUGGCGCUGGUGGAGAGUUUCACCGAGACGGCGGAGCUCCCUGCAAGCACAAAGAGCGCUGUCACCAUUCUGCUACACAAAAAGGGCGGAAGGGAUGCGGUGGAGAACUAUCGCCCAAUCACGCUUCUGAGCUUCACUUACAAGGUGUUGGCGCGGGUAGUUGCAGACAGAAUGAAGAAGGUCUUGAGCGAAGUGAUUUCGCCGGAGCAGUACGGUUUCCUGCCGGGCCGGAGGCUUUCGGACGCGGUGGGGUUGGUCGCGGAUGUGAUUGACGCUGCUAAGAAUGAGCUGGCGGACUGGUACCUCCUCCUGGUGGAUUUCCAGAAGGCAUUCGAUUCAGUCUCGAGGAAUUACUUGUUCCUGGUGUUGGAAAGGAUGGGCUUCCCCGGCAGGUUCGUCGGUUGGAUAAAGGGCCUGCAUGAGGAAACACAGACACGGCUGUUAGUCAACGGCUGGAUGGGAGAAGUGGUUGAGGUGGUUUCGGGGGUGCGGCAGGGCUGCCCUCUCGCGCCGUACCUUUUUCUGUGUGCUGUUGAGCCGUUGGCGCAGGAAGCCGUCAACCGCAGCCUGGGCCUCUCGGGGGGUGCUCAGCGGCUGGCUUACCUGGGGUACGCGGACGACACGACGCUGCUCCUGCAAGGGGAGGAUCAGAUUGCAGAGGCCAGCAAGACGGAUGGCUUCAAAUGGGUGAAGGCUGAUGAGGCGGAACGCCUGUUGGGGGUCUGGGUGACGCCGGCCGGCUGCUGCGCGCCCACCUGGGAGAAGGCCUUCUUAAGGAUUAAGGAGAAGCUGAAACAGUGGGAGGUGCAACACCUGACAACAGGGGCGAGGGCAGCGGUUAUUAACUGUUAUAUCUCGCCCAUCAUCUUCUUUCAGGCGCAGGUGUAUCCGCCUCCGGUCGAUAUCUGGGGGAGGGUUCUGAAGCUGACGCACAAUUUUAUGUCGGGGAAUCGUGCCACCACGGAUAAAGCUUUCAUUCUGUGGAGCAAGGAGCUGCUCUACAUGGCUAGAGAGGACGGGGGUGUGGGGGUGAACGAUCCAGAGAUAACCCUCACCUGUCUCACGGCGAGGCGUAUUGGCCUACUCCUCACCGAGACAAACGAGCUGAAGCGGGACAUCAUGCUCAAGGCUGCUGACUUGCCGCUGGGGCUUGACACCUUCGUCUCCCACGUCAAGCUCCUGAAGUGCUGGAGCGGGAAGAGUGAGCGAUGGAAGUUGGCCUGUGGUGACUUCAUGCAGUCGCCGCUGGCUGACACUUCGCCGGUGCUGUCGCGGGAGGAGGCGGAGAUGGAGAGGAUUGUUUUUAACCGCCAUAUUCUGCUUAACGGAAAGACUCCGGUGGGUGGACAGAAGGCUGCGGGGAAGCUUUGGGAGGUCCGGCUUGGCGAACUAUUAUGCCCGGACGGCAUGGGGGGCCGGCGGCCCAAGGACCUGGAAGUUGCUCCUACUGCCUGCCGAGCAACAGGUGGGGGAUUGUUCGACUCGGAGGGCCCCCCUCCAGAGGACCCUGGUGCUCAGCGGGGGGAAGCUGACGUCGUUGAAGGAGCUGAAAGGUAG